GCUAAGUUUUUCCCUGGAUUGGGAUCAGGAUCUGGAGUGGGGCCUCGGGACGGACGGAUUGAGCCCCCCUUCCCCUGAGGAUGCUGUGUGGCCGCAGCUGGAGGGGUCGCUCACAUAGCCCCCCGGGCCCGGGCCUGGGCCUGCGGGCCCUGAAGAAGAUGGGCUUGACGGAGGAUGAGGACGUGAAGGCCAUGCUGCGGGGCUCCCUGCUCUGGAAGAUCCGCUCUCCAAGCUGGCGCAAGCAGCGGCUGUUCCGGCUGCAGGAGGACGGGAUGACCGUGUGGUUCCAGAGACGCUUCCAGCACGCCCCUUCCCAACAUGUCUUCUCCGUGCUGCACAUCGAGGGGGUGCGUGAGGGCCACCAGUCGGAGGGUCUGCGGCGGUUCGGCGGCCCCUUCCCCCCGGCCCAGUGUCUGACCAUCGCCUUCAAGGGCAAGCGCAAGAACCUGGACCUGGCGGCGCCCAGCCCCGAGGAGGCCCAGCGCUGGGUCCGCGGCCUCACCAAGCUCAUGGCCCGCGUGGAGGCCAUGAGCCAGCGCGAGAAACUCGACCACUGGAUCCACGAUUACCUGCGCCGGGCCGACACGGAUCGGGACAACCAGAUGACCUUCAAGGAGAUCAAAGGCAUGUUGAGGAUGGUCAACGUGGACAUGAAUGACAUGUACGCCUACCGCCUUUUUAAGGAGUGCGACCGCUCCAACAACAACCGUCUGGAAGAGCCGGAGAUCGAGGAAUUCCUGACGCGCCUGAUGAAGCGUCCGGAGCUGGAGGAAAUCUUCGGCCGGUAUUCCGGGGAGGACCGCGUGCUGUCCGCCGAAGAGCUGCAGGAAUUCCUGCAGGACCAGGGAGAGGAGGCCUCACUACUCCACGCCCGCAGGCUCAUCCACACCUACGAGCUCAGCGAGAAAGCCAAGCGGCACGGACUGAUGAUGCUGGACGGGUUCAUGAUGUACCUGCUGUCGGCCGAGGGCGACAUCGUCAACCAGGAGCACGUGGCCGUGUACCAGGACAUGUGCCAACCUCUGGGGCACUACUUCAUAUCCUCCUCCCACAACACCUACCUGACGGACAGCCAGAUCGGCGGGCCCAGCAGCACCGAGGCCUACGUCAGGGCGUUUUCCCAGGGCUGCCGUUGCGUGGAGCUGGACUGCUGGGAAGGACAGGCCGGAGAGCCGGUCAUCUACCACGGACACACGCUCACCUCCAAGAUCCGCUUCCGGGACGUCGUCCAGGCCGUGCGCGACCACGCUUUCACGGCCUCGCCGUAUCCGGUCAUCUUGUCCCUGGAAAACCACUGCGGGCCGGAGCAGCAGGCCACCAUGGCCCGGCAUCUCCGGACCAUCCUUGGGGACAUGUUGGUCACCGAAACCCUGGAUGGGCGCGUGCCCAAGGAGCUGCCUUCCCCGGAGCAGCUGAAGGGCAAAGUCCUGAUCAAGGCGAAGAAGUUGCCCGGCCCGCGUGCCGAGGACGGCGCCGGCUUCGCGUCCGACCGGGAGGACGAGGACGAAGACGAGGACGAGGAGGGCGAGGCCGAGGCCUCUGAGCCCAGGAGGAGGGCCAAGGCGACCCUCCAGAUUGCCCCCGAGCUGUCGGACUUGGUGGUCUACUGCCGGGCCACCCAUUACCGUGGCCGGGCGGCCCCCCGGCUCCGGGCCCGGACGCCCCCCGGGCCCUCGCCGAGGAGCCGGGCCCGGGCCUGCCACGUCUGCUCUCUCAGUGAACGCAAGGCCAGGAAGCUCAUCCGCGAGGCCGGCAACGACUUCGUGCGACACAACACCCGCCAGCUGAGCCGCGUGUACCCGCAGGGUUUCCGCAUGACCUCCGCCAACUACAGCCCCCAGGAGAUGUGGAACGGGGGCUGCCAGCUCGUGGCUCUGAACUUCCAGACCCCCGGCUAUGAGAUGGACCUCAACGCCGGGCGAUUCCUAGUGAACGGGCGCUGCGGCUACGUCCUCAAGCCCAGCUUUCUGCGCCGCCAGGAGACGACCUUUGACCCCGAGCGGCCCGGCCCUCCUCUCGCCACCCUCACGGUCCAGGUGCUGAGCGCCCAGCAGCUGCCCAAGCUGAACGCAGAGAAGCCCAACUCCAUCGUGGACCCGCUGGUGAGGGUGGAGAUCCACGGGGUGCCCGGGGACUGUGCCCGCCAGGAGACCACCUACGUGCUAAACAAUGGCUUCAACCCGCACUGGGGGCAGCGGCUGCGGUUCCGGGUGCGAGUGCCCGAGCUGGCCUUGGUGCGCUUUGUGGUGGAGGACUACGACGCCACGUCCAGCAACGACUUCGUGGGCCAGUUCACCCUGCCCCUGGGCAGCCUGAAGCAAGGAUACCGCCACAUCCACCUGCUUUCCAAGGACGGGGCCUCCCUGUCUCCGGCCACCCUCUUCGUCCACGUCCGCAUCCAGACCCCGUGAGGGAAGACUCCGGAUGCGGUCGCUCGGACCGGGAUGCUGACGGACCGAGCGGCAGAAGGAAUAAAGCAGAGUUUAUUUUCACCCACCGACUUCGGCGUUGUCCACCCCAGGGUAGGGACGGAAGGUGACCCCAUUGUCCCCUUUCCCGCCCACGGAGCAUCCUGGAGAAGCUGCUGUGGCUCAGUGGAAAGAGCCCGGGCUUUGGAGUCAGAGGUCGCGGGUUCAAA